CCGGCGCGCGCGAUUCACAUCCGGGGUGGUGCGGGGCGACGGAGCCAUGGAGGCCGCGGCCGACAGGAAGAGGCCGCGGGAGGAGGCGGCGGAGGGAUCCGAGCUCUCCGGAGAGGAGGAUGACGACUAUGUGCCCUACGUGCCCCUCAAGCAGCGCAAGCAGCAGAUGCUGCAGAAGCUGCUGCAGAUGCGGCGGAAGGUAGUGUUGGAGGAGGAGCAACGAGACAGCGGGAGCGAGCAGAGAGGAGAUGAAGAUGACAUCCCCCUGGGGCCCCAGUCCAACAUCAGCCUCCUGGACCAGCACCAGCAUCUCAAAGAGAAGGCGGAAGCUCGGAAGGAGUCAGCCAAGGAGAAGCAGCUGAAGGAGGAGGAGAAGAUCCUGGAGAGUGUGGCAGAAGGCCGAGCUCUGAUGUCAGUGAAGGAGAUGGCAAAGGGCAUCACCUACGAUGAUCCUAUUAAAACCAGCUGGAGAGCACCUCGUUACAUCCUGGGCAUGUCAGAGGCACGGCAUGACCGUGUGCGCAAGAAGUACCACAUCCUGGUGGAGGGGGAAGGCAUCCCACCCCCCAUCAAGAGCUUCAAGGAGAUGAAGUUUCCAGCAGCUAUCCUGAGGGGCCUGAAGAAAAAAGGAAUCCAACAGCCGACACCCAUACAGAUCCAAGGCAUCCCCACAAUCCUCUCGGGAAGGGACAUGAUUGGUAUUGCAUUCACUGGCUCUGGGAAGACCUUGGUGUUCACUCUCCCAGUGAUAAUGUUCUGCCUGGAGCAGGAGAAGCGGCUACCAUUUUCCAAGCGAGAGGGCCCCUACGGACUCAUCAUCUGUCCCUCGCGGGAGCUGGCCCGGCAAACCCACGGCAUCAUCGAGUACUACUGCCGCCUGCUGCAGGAGGACGGCCUGCCACCGCUGCGCUGCGCCCUCUGCAUCGGGGGCAUGUCUGUCAAGGAGCAGAUGGAGACGAUCAAACACGGUGUGCACAUGAUGGUGGCAACCCCUGGCCGCCUGAUGGACCUGCUGCAGAAGAAGAUGGUCAGCCUGGACAUCUGCCGUUACUUGGCCUUGGAUGAGGCUGACAGGAUGAUCGAUAUGGGCUUUGAAGGGGACAUCCGUACCAUCUUCUCCUACUUCAAGGGCCAGCGACAGACCCUCCUCUUCAGCGCCACAAUGCCCAAGAAGAUCCAGAAUUUUGCCAAGAGUGCCCUGGUGAAGCCAAUCACCAUUAACGUUGGGCGAGCGGGUGCUGCCAGCCUGGACGUUGUGCAGGAAGUGGAGUAUGUGAAAGAGGAGGCCAAGAUGGUGUACCUCCUUGAGUGCCUGCAGAAGACUCCGCCACCUGUGCUGAUCUUUGCAGAAAAGAAGGCAGAUGUCGAUGCGAUCCAUGAAUACCUGCUGCUCAAGGGUGUGGAAGCUGUGGCCAUCCACGGAGGGAAAGAUCAGGAGGAACGGACAAAAGCCAUCGAGGCUUUCCGAGAUGGGAAGAAGGAUGUCCUGGUUGCUACUGAUGUUGCUUCCAAGGGCCUAGACUUCCCAGCCAUCCAGCACGUCAUCAACUAUGACAUGCCGGAGGAAAUUGAGAACUAUGUUCACCGUAUUGGGCGUACAGGCCGUUCAGGCAACACUGGCAUUGCCACCACCUUCAUCAACAAGGCUUGUGAUGAGUCGGUGCUGAUGGACCUGAAGGCCCUGCUCCUGGAGGCGAAGCAGAAGGUGCCGCCGGUGCUCCAGGUGCUGCACUGUGGGGACGAGACCAUGCUGGACAUCGGAGGCGAGCGAGGCUGUGCCUUCUGUGGCGGCCUGGGCCAUCGCAUCACCGACUGCCCCAAGCUGGAGGCCAUGCAGACCAAGCAAGUCAGCAACAUCGGUCGCAAGGACUACCUGGCCCACAGCUCUAUGGACUUCUAACCUGGGGAGUGAGCUUCUCUGAGCUUCCCCAGCAUGGGCCUUGGUUCUGUUUCAGCUGGGCAGUGCCCCAACUGUCCUCACCUUUCCCAAGCUCAGGGACCUGUCCUGGACUGCUGUGCCCCCUUUUCCAGACGCUUGGUCACCAGGGCUGUUGCCAGCUCAGCCUGACAAAGCUCCUGCCCUGGGAGGAAACGCGUGGAGCUGUGCUGCAACAGCCCGUUACGUCAGCAGGGCGUUGGGCAAGCAGGUAGCGGUGCCCGAGGGGAGGAGAAAGCCCAGGUGGGGCGGUUGGUCUGGGGCUGCUGCUGGCUGCCCCGGCAGUGGUGUGGUCAGGGUCUUGUGUCACUGCUCUCCAGAGCCCCUCAAUUCCUCUGUGACCAUCCCCUUUCCCUGAUUUGUGCAUCCUCGGUUGGUGGCUGUUCCCGUGCCCCCCACAUGCUCUCUGGUGCUGCUGGGAUGAGGCAGAGCACGUUGUGCUCCUGUUAUGUGGUCCUUGAGGUGCUUCCUGUGCUCUGCCUGUGUGCGUUCUGCACCACUGCCCCUCUGUGAGGGGGAGGGCAGAUGAACGGACACCUCCUAUGGCCCAGCCUCUGCCUCAUCCCACACAGCCAAAAGGGGAAGUCGCUGAGAGAAGGAAGUCUGCCCCAUGCAGUUGCUUUGGUUGUGGCAGUCACAUUUUCUCCGUUGCUGGUAGCCCAAGCCCCUGACCCUUGCACUGGCUGUCAGGGCGGCACUGGGCCCAUGGAGAGCCCAGUGAAGGAUGGGAUCCUCUAUGUGCAGCACUGCAAGUUUGGAAAGGUAAAGGGUGGAUUUGGGGCUGGGUAGAGGGUUUGCCCUGGUUUGUCUUGACUCCAGGCCUGGGGCUGAGCCCUCGGCAGGCUGGGAAUGGGGGUGCAGGAACUGGACCCCUUGGAGCUGCCCUAGGAGCGGGCACUGCCCAUGGCUGAGGAGACUCCUCUGUGCAGGCACCUGCUCGGCUCCCCUCUGUGCGGGUCCCUCUUCUUGCUUGGUCAGUGCGCAGUUUGCAAUGGAACAAUAAAUGCGUGUUAAUGAGGUGCAGCUUGAGUGUGCGUGUGGGAGCGGGGCAGCAUGUGAGACGUGGCCCUGCCCAGCCCUCGAGCCUGGCCCUGGGGGGCAGUGCUGUCCGUGGGGUGCCCCUCACGGCUUGGCCUGCCGCCUGGGCCCACAGGGCGGGCACCGCAUGCUGCAGUCCUGUGGGGUGGCACGAUGGGAGUCCUCAUAGGGGCAAGCCAGCUCGAGGGAGCUGUGGGGUGGGCAUUGGCUGUGCCUUAGUGGCAUCCCCUCUGCUGAAGCUGGGUGGCCAUGGCUUGGGGGGGCCUCGGUGGAUGCACUGGCCUGUGAUCACACUCCGACGUCACCUCUAAGUGAGAGCCAAGUCCUGGAACCAAAGCAGGCAGACCUUGCGUGGAUGGGGCUGGUGCCCUGAGCGUAGGAGGCAGGUGGGCUGUUAGCAGCGGGUAUUUUGGGUGCAUCUGGUUUCUGCAGGGCGGAGGCUCCACUGCACUUUGAGGUGCGAGGGGGCAUGCACCCCCUCUAUCCCAUGACCGGCUGGGAAGGUGCUGGUGCUGCAGAGCCUCCCCUGGGAGGAAGCGGGCUGCGAGCUGCAGGGUCUGGCUGUGCUUGGCAGAUGUGAGCCUGUCAGCAGGAGCCUCAGCAGCUCAAAAUGGCUUUAAUUUGCAUCAGGGUCUGUCCUGAGAACAGCUCGAGAGCUCAGCUGCAGCGGCAGCAGGCCAGCACUUGCAGUGGGGAACAAAGAGCAGGACCUGAUGCUCUGCGAGCCGGGAGUGAGUGUGACUCACCCAGUGAGCCAUGCCGAGCUCGCUUCGGGCAAGGCCUCAGCCUCGACCCAGCUUUGGGACUGCCUUGCUGUGGUCCUGAGGGCGCUGGCCCUGGCUCUCCAUGCCCUCAUGUUGUGUGGGCAGGGACCCACAUGGAUCUUCCUGAGUACUGCUAGCCUCACAUGGAGGGCUGCGCUGUGAGGAUGCAAUGGGCAGCUCUUUGCUGAUCCUU